AUGGCUCCUUAUGAGGCUUUGUAUAGUCGUAAGUGUCGUACUCCGCUAUGUUUGACUAUGUUGGAUAAGCAACGGAUUUUGGGUCCUGAGUUGGCUUCCGAGACUGAAGAUAAUGUUAGAUUGAUUCGGGAUUGUCUGAAGGCAGUUUCUGAUAGACAGAAGUAUUAUACAAAUCAAAAGAUGAGAGAUAUUGAGUACUCUGUGAGUGACUUUGUUUUUCUUAAGGUUUCUCCGUGGAAACAAGUUUUGAGAUUCGGUCGUAAGGGUAAGUUGAGCCCUAGGUUUAUUGGGCCUCAUCAGAUUGAUGUUAGACCAGAUUUGACUUUUGAGAAGGAGCCAAUUCAGAUUCUGGAUCGUUAUACUAAGGUUCUGAGGAGGAAAUCCAUUCCGUUAGUAAAGGUUGUGUGGCACAAUCAUGGUACUGAGGAACCCACGUGGGAACCUGAGGACUCGAUGCGUCAGGAGCUUCCUCAUUUGUUUUGA